CACGUCCCGACGCUUUUCCACGUCGCCCGCCCAGCCCUGUUCCUGCCGCGCACCCAACGGUUGAGCCUGGGGAGGCUGCGCGCGCUCUUGCAAAGGCCGGGGAAAAAAUGGCGGCGCCCGUUCUGCGAGUGUCCACCCCUCGAUGGGAGAGGAUAGUGCGGCUGCUUGUGUGUCUCUCAGGAAUUUUGCUGUCCCUCUACGCUUUUCAUGUGGAACAGGAAAAGACCCGCGACACCAAUUACCGCGCCAUGUGCGACGUGAGCAGCUCGGUUAGCUGCUCCAAAGUCUUCACGUCCAGGUGGGGUCGAGGAUUUGGACUGUUGGGAUCCAUCUUUGGGAACGACAGCGCAUUAAAUCAGCCAAAUAGUGUCUAUGGAAUUCUCUUCUAUGUGUUUCAACUGUUACUGGGUUUAACAGCCAGCGCUAUGGCUGCUUUGAUUUUGAUGACCACAUCCAUCGCAUCAGUAGUUGGUUCACUCUAUCUGGGCUAUAUUCUUUACUUUGUCCUGAAGGACUUUUGCUUCAUCUGUGUGACCACAUACGCACUGAACUUCAUCCUGUUUGUGCUGAACUACAAGCGACUGGUUUACUUGAACGAGGCCUGGAAACAGCAGCUCCAAGCCAAGAGAGACUAGACUAAAAAAACACACAUGGAAGGAUAACAACAUUGAAACAAGUGGGGAAAAUCCUUAAACCUCUGAAAUUGUGACUUGCCACCAGGAGACCUUGCUUCCAAACAAAUGUUCAUUCUGUCGUGUUUAAAACAACUGAAAAAAUUGUCAUUUUUAGGGGCCACUGAUCACCGGUUUAUUGCAUUGUGAGGAAGGAUUUGGCAACAGAAACACAAAUCUCUGUUUUAAUUUCUUGUCGGUUUUGUUUGUUUCCCCGAGAUGAAAAUGAGGUUCGAUGGUGCGAGGGAUCAGGCGGAAAAUGAUACGCACUUGCAGAAAUUACCAGUCAGUACAAAUAGCAGAGAUGGUCCUUUCUUUAAGGAAUAAAAUAACGGAGAAAACGUCAAGAUUCUGUUUACUUGAAUCUACCGGAAGAGUCUUUGCUCCCCGAUGAGCCGAGCAGAUUCCAGUAGGACUUUAAAGGUUUAUAAAGGGUAAACAUGAAUGAUUGUGAUGUUUGCAGAGUUGAUUCCAAGAGAAGAAAAGAUCGCUAUUAUUAAAACCAAGAAAUGAAAGUGUAAUUUUAUGUUUACAGAUUUUUUUAUUGUUUUGGAAGAGGACCACUCAGAAAACACGGAAGAAUGUGAGCUGUAUGUGUGUAGAUCAGAUUUGUCUGUGACUACUUUACUUUUUUUACGAUGUGUUUCUUUGCAGUUCUGUAAAUAGCUGACGCAAAGCAAUAUUCCCAAAUAUUAGGUUGUGUCUCACUGUUGAAACAUUAAAGCGGAAAAGUACAACAAAACGUCCCGAACUACAGCAUGUCAGUCACUUUCAGCCAUUGUUUUCAAAAGAAAAACUAUUUUGGGAAUAGUUUACUGCAAAUUUAGCAAAUGCUGUUCUUUGUACUCUUAUCUGCCAUUAAAUAAGUCCAGUCUUGAAACAAAUUCAAGGCUGCAAUCACUAUAAA